CCCAAGUAACCGAACGUCAUUUUCACUCUGUGUCCUCUACGCCCCCGAAACCCACUAUCUUCUGCUCAGCAAUUUCACGAUUCGGAUUUGCAGCUAAAAUUUCAAUCUCUCAGUGUGACCUUCAUAAGAUCGAGUCUUAUGGGAAGUUCAAUGGAGUACAGUUCUGGAGAUGAUACCGAGAUUAGUGAUUCCGAAACUGAGUAUGAAGAGAAAGCAUAUGAAGAACUGAAGAAUGUUAGUCAACAGUUUAAAGUAUCUGAUGAUGCUUACACUUGCCCCUUCUGCCCAAAGAAAAAGAAGCAAGAUUUCCUGUACAAUGAACUCUUGCAGCAUGCAAUUGGUGUUGGCAAGUGCAGUUCACAGAAGCGAACCAGGAAAGACAAGGCAAAUCAUCUUGCACUGGCAAAAUACUUGGAAAAUGAUGUUGCCGUUGACUCUAGUCCUUUACAGCAAGCUACUAUGAUUGAUCCACUUGCAGACCAUGAUCGUGAUGAAAUGUUUGUCUGGCCAUGGAUUGGAAUUGUUGUCAACAUUCCCACUGAAAUUGAGGAUGGUCGCUAUGUGGGAGAAAGUGGUAGUAAACUGAGGGAUCAGUUGACCAGGAAAGGUUUUAAUCCUACCAGAGUGCGACCUCUCUGGAAUUAUAGGGGACAUUCAGGAACUGCUCUUGUAGAGUUUCAAAAUGAUUGGCUUGGGUUCAACAAUGCCAUGGCCUUUGAGAAGGCUUAUGAGGCUAAUCACCAUGGAAAGAGAAGUUGGCAGGCAAAAAAUGACUCUAAAUCUGAUCUUUACGGGUGGGUGGCUCGAGCAGAUGACUACAAUUCUGAUAACAUUUUUGGUGAAAAUCUACGUAAAAUUGGAGACCUUAGAACCAUUUCUGAUAUCAUGGAAGAUGAAGCUAGGAAGACACAGCAGCUUGUAGGUGAUUUAACAACUGUGAUCGAGGCAAAGACAAUGCACUUGCUAGAGAUGGAGAAUAAAUUCAACGAGACUGAAAACUCCCUUAGCCAGUUAAUCACAGUGAAGGAUAAGCUUCUUCAAGAGUAUAAUGAUGAUAUCAAAAAGAUACAAUCAGGUGCACGUAAUCAUCUCCAAAAGAUAUUUAAUGACCAUGAAAAGCUGAAGUUGCAACUGGAAACUCGGAAAAGAGAGCUUGAGCUCCGGGGUCAGGAACUGGCGAAACGUGAGACUCAUAAUGAAAAUGAGAGGAGAAAGCUUGCUGAGGAGCUCGAAGAGAAUGCUGUCAAAAAUUGCUCACUUCAGGCUGCAACCGAUGAACAAACAAAGGCUGAUGAGAAAGUAUUGAAAUUGGCUGAAGAACAUAAGAAACAAAAGGAGAACCUCCACAGGAAAAUCAUUCAACUGGAGAAACAACUGGAUGCUGAACAAGCAGUAAAGCUUGAAAUCGAGCAAUUGAGAGGCAAAUUAAAUGUUAUGAGGCAUGUGGAAGGUGAAGGUGAUUUGGAAGUGCUGAAAAAAGUGGAUUCGCUGCACACGUCAUUGAGGGAAAAGGAAGGAGAGCUUGAAGAUUUAUUGGCAUUAAAUCAAACUCUGAUUGUGCAGGAGCGAAAUAGCAACGAUGAGCUGCAAGAUGCUCGUAAAGAAUUAAUUAAUGGCUUGAAAGAAUUUUCAACAAAUGGUCAAAUUGGUGUGAAGAGAAUGGGAGAACUCAACAGCAAACCAUUUCAUGAAGCAAUCAAAAGGAAGUAUGAUGAGGUUGAGGCCGAUGAAAGAGCAACAGAAUUGUGCUCACUGUGGGAGGAGUACCUUAGAGAUUCUGAAUGGCAUCCUAUAAAGGUGGUUGAGAUUAAAGGGAAACAUCAGGUAUGCAGUUAAAAGUGCUCUACUAUAUAUCUUUUGUUGUAGUAUAGGCUUAUUUUUGAGGAAAAAGAAGUGGUUUAGCAGAAAUCCAUAAUUAAUGGUGAUCAACUGUGCACACAUUUUAAACACAUUCAGAUCAAGCAAGUAUUGCAUUACUGUGCUUAAGUUCUGCCAACUUAAAAACUUGGGGGAAAACAAUAUUUUUUAUUUGGAAGGAGUAACUUAAAUCUG